CAGACCCAAAGCUACCAUAUCCGUCGGAUCAUCCACGCUGGCAACAUUAACCAAUAACACGUGGACGCACUCGACACGUCGGAUCUUGUUCCCCCAUUUCCAUAUAUAAUCCACUCACUGAGAAUUCGACUCCUAAAUUGCGAAGCAGAGAGUUUUCCGAGUGAGAGAGCAGAGAUCGAGUCGCCGCCGGCAACAAUGAGGAAGUGGACGGUCACGGCCGUACUGUUUCUGUUUUGCCUUCUCUUGAUUCUCCCGGAUCAAGGACGGAAGAUUCAUGCCAAUGCAGAAGCUGAAUCUGAUGUACCCGUGGAUCCGCCUAAGGUUGAGGAAAAGAUAGGCGGUGUUCCUCAUGGGUUAUCUACUGAUUCUGAUGUGGUUAAAAGGGAAUCUGAGUCCAUGUCUAAGAGGACACUCCGAGCUAAUGCCGAGAAAUUUGAGUUCCAGGCUGAGGUUUCUCGGCUCAUGGACAUCCUUAUCAAUUCACUUUACAGCAAUAAAGAUAUUUUCUUGAGGGAGCUGAUCUCGAAUGCUUCAGAUGCAUUGGACAAAAUCAGAUUCCUUUCACUCACUGACAAGGAAGUAUUGGGUGAGGGUGAUGAUGCCAAGCUCGAGAUCCAGAUUAAAUUGGAUAAAGAAAAGAAAAUCCUUUCUAUUCGUGACAGAGGAAUCGGGAUGACAAAGGAGGACUUAAUCAAGAAUUUGGGAACCAUUGCCAAAUCUGGCACUUCAGCAUUUGUUGAGAAAAUGCAGAAAAGUGGAGACCUUAACCUUAUUGGACAAUUUGGUGUUGGGUUCUACUCUGUCUAUCUUGUGGCUGACUAUGUAGAAGUUAUUAGCAAACACAAUGAUGAUAAGCAAUAUGUUUGGGAAUCAAAGGCUGAUGGAGCCUUUGCAAUUUCUGAGGAUGAGUGGAACGAGCCACUUGGCCGUGGAACUGAAAUCAGAUUGCACCUUAGGGAUGAAGCUGGUGAAUACUUGGAACAGUCCAAAUUAAAGGACUUGGUGAAAAAGUAUUCUGAGUUCAUCAACUUCCCAAUAUCUCUCUGGGCAAGCAAAGAGGUGGAAAAGGAGGUUCCUGCUGAUGAAGAUGAUACCGAUGAAGAGGAAUCAUCUGAGACCAGCUCUUCUGAGGAAGAAGCAGAAGACGAAGAAUCUGAGAAAGAGGAUGAAGAGAAAAAGCCAAAAACAAAGAAAGUGACGGAAACCACUUACGAAUGGGAGCUUUUGAAUGAUGUCAAAGCUAUAUGGCUAAGGAACCCCAAGGAGGUGACAGAGGAAGAGUAUGCGAAAUUCUAUCACUCUCUAGCCAAGGAUUUCAGCGAGGAGAAGCCACUUGCAUGGAGUCACUUCACUGCUGAAGGUGAUGUUGAGUUCAAGGCCGUUCUAUUUGUUCCACCCAAAGCGCCCCACGAUUUAUACGAGAGCUACUACAACGCAAAGAAGUCCAACUUGAAGUUAUAUGUCCGGCGCGUCUUCAUCUCCGAUGAAUUCGAUGAAUUGCUGCCCAAAUACUUGAACUUUUUGUUGGGUCUCGUGGAUUCUGACACACUACCAUUGAAUGUCUCAAGAGAAAUGCUCCAGCAACACAGCAGCUUAAAAACCAUCAAGAAGAAACUCAUCCGCAAGGCUCUUGAUAUGAUCCGCAGACUUGCCGAAGAGGAUCCAGAUGAAUCUAGUGAAAAGGACAAAGAUGUUGAGGAAUCUGGCAGUGAUGAUAAGAAUGAGAAGAAAGGACAGUACGCCAAAUUCUGGAACGAGUUUGGCAAGUCAAUAAAGCUUGGAAUCAUAGAGGACGCCGCGAACAGGAACCGUUUGGCUAAACUUCUUCGUGUUGAGACAACAAAAUCAGAUGGUAAACUCAUCUCCCUGGACCAGUACAUCUCAAGGAUGAAGGCAGGCCAGAAGGACAUCUUCUACAUCACUGGAACAAACAAAGAACAGCUGGAGAAAUCUCCCUUCCUCGAAAGACUCAAAAAGAAAAACUAUGAGGUCAUCUUCUUCACGGAUCCAGUGGACGAAUACCUGAUGCAAUACCUGAUGGACUACGAGGACAAGAAAUUCCAGAACGUGUCCAAGGAGGGUCUGAAGAUCAAGGACUCGAAAGACAAGGAGCUGAAGGAGUCAUUCAAGGAGCUGACCAAGUGGUGGAAAUCCGCCCUGGCCGCCGACAACGUGGACGACGUGAAGAUCAGCAACCGUUUAGCCGACACGCCGUGCGUGGUGGUGACGUCCAAGUACGGGUGGAGCGCGAACAUGGAGAGGAUCAUGCAGUCCCAGACGCUGUCGGACGCGAGCAAGCAGGCGUACAUGAAGGGGAAGAGGGUGCUGGAGAUCAACCCCCGCCACCCCAUCGUCAAGGAGCUCCGGGAAAGAGUGGCGGCCGACCCGGCGGACGAGGCGGCAAAGGGGGCGGCUCAGCUCAUGUACCAGACGGCUCUGAUGGAGAGCGGGUUCCUGCUGAAUGACCCCAAGGACUUCGCCUCCCGCAUCUACAGCUCCGUGAAGUCGAGUCUGGACAUCAGCGCCGACGCUGAGGUGGAGGAGGAACAAGACGCGGCUGAGGAGGCGGAGGUGGAGGGCGGGAAAGAGGCAGCGGAUCCCAGUUCCUCCGCCGGAGCUUCUUCUCCAACAGAAGAGUCUUCUGAUGGAAUCAAGGACGAGUUAUAAGGCCGUUUAAUUAUCAGGCAAGAAGGAAUUUGUUUGCCAUCUUCUUUUGACUUUUCCUGUUUAGUCUUUUUUUAAUUCUCUUUUUAAGGGGAGGGGUGACUUUUGUGCCAUACGCUGUACUGUAAACAAUGUUUUUACCAGGAAUUUGUCUUUUAUGAGAAUUUUCUCUUUCACUAAUGAGCCAUACUCUGGCUAUUUAUAUUUUUUUUUCUCUUCCAGCUUAAUUUUUACUAUGGGAAUGAUUGAAGUGCAUCCAUUUUUGGCAUUGAUGUUACCUAUUUUUGAAUAAAAGUGUACCAACUAC